AGAUGCCGCAUGGGGCUCGAGGCCCUGCUCUCGGCUACGAUGUGGCGCGCUGCCGCGAAACUGCUCGCGACGUGGCCUCGCCUUCUUCGCCUCCACCUGUGCAGUUGCUGGAGAUCGCCAUCCUGUCUGCCAAGCCGUCGACGGGGCGCUGGCGCGCCGACUUGCCUGGGGGGGCGAGCUCUCUCCUCCGCGCGGCGCCUCGAGAGGAUCACGAGCAGCCAGCUCUUCCCGGCGUGCCAGGGGGGCGAUUCACGAGGCGCUCAAAGCGCUCGCUUGGCACGCCGUGGAGAGCCGCUCGAGCGCUCGAAGCCGCUCGCCGCCGCGCCGCCGCUGCUGGACGCCUGGCGCCAUCGGACGCGGGCCGUGACAGGGUCCUGCGUCGUGGCAGGGUUCAGGACAGAGGACCGGCCCCGGCGGAAGAGGGUCGUAACAGGGCCCAGAGUCGUGGCAAGGAUCAGGGCACAAGACAGGUAUCGAAGCCGAAAUCUCCUCAACAAACACAUCUACAAGAAUUUCAGAGCAGUCUUUACUUCGGCGCCUUCGACAUCAUCAAGCGCCUCAAGUCCUGGCUCCAGCUCCUCGGUCUUCAGCAGCGUGCUCGUCCAUUUCAUGUAUUUCGAGGAGACCAACCCUCUCAGCCUGAUUCAGACUCCGAAGAUCCAUCGCCUACAUGAACGAGCGUGCCGAAGCGUGGGCUACUCGAUGUCCCGCGAGCGUUCUCGGAGAGCAGCGUCGACGACUACGCCGACAGGAUGCAGUGUUGCGUCCCGUGCUUGACUGGCGCCUCUCGCCGCCCGCACUUCGGCGACAUGUUUGGCCCCUGUCAAGACGGUAACGGCCGCCGCCAGACAGCCGUUGACAUCUGCGAGAGGAGCGUGCAUGCUGUUGCGCGCGCUCGCAGCUGUCGCGCCAUGAUCUGCCUGGCCGUGCAUCCGUCCGCUGCAUCCGUCAGCUGUCGCGCCGACUGCCUGGCCGUGAGCGAAGAUGUGACGAAGAAGCUGCCGAACGCCGCGUUCACCGUCGCUGGAUUACUGCGGAAGACAUGCAUCAAGAAGACAAAAGGCUGCCUGGCGAAACUGCGCGUGGAGGCGACGAUAAUCCACCUGCGGACAUGAUUGGCAUCCUGAACUUGUCCUCGUCGUUGUCCUCCGAGUGGGCGGCGCUGCACGAGGAUCUCUCUCGAGCGCGUCCCUCACAGCUGUGGCCAGUCCUCAAGACACUGUCGGGCGAAUGGACAACAACCUACCGCGUGCGCGUCCACCCUCACAAGUUUCACUGUAUGUUCGGCUGCCCCGAGGUCGAGAGCAACCCGAACAUCGACGACGUAUCGCACUACCUCACUUGCCCGCGGCUGUGGUCUCAUCUAUGCCAACCUCGCGGCAUCCUCUCCGCCAGCGUCCUCCGGCGCAUUGGGCUCAAUGGCGAGGUAUCACAUGGCGAGAACGGCAGCGACAGCGCCAUCGCGCGCGUCUUCCUGCGCAUCCACAGGCAGAAUUACCUGUACCCUUACCCGACCUCUGACACCGAGGUCUGGGCGGUGGACCACCAGGAUGGCCGAGGGGCGGGGACAGGCGCGCGGCCGCAGCCGCUCCCCUCGCGGCGCUUGGGCGCCGCAGGCGUACACCGGCGGAGGGGGCUUCACCGCGGGCGGGCUGCGGCGCGUAUGAUGCGAUUCGAGCCAGGCGACCUGCAGCAGUACAUAGACGACCACAAGGCGGUGUGGCCAGAGAUGCAGUCGGCGCUGGUCGCCUGCGGCUGGCACAACUACAGCCUGUUCCUCCGCGAGGACGGCUUCGCCGUGGGUUACUUCGAGACUGACGUGGACUUCAAAACGGCGUGCGCCCGAAUGGACAAGCACGGAGUGAACGACCGCUGGCAAGAAGCGAUGAAGAAGUACACUCCAGCAAGCGUUAGCCCAGUGGACGCGGCAUCAGAGCUGAAACAUUAUUUUUAUUUGGGUGGCGACCGAUGCAUGGUGAGAGAUGGUACGAUACCCGCCCCACCAUUCGACGCUGCAUGGAAACCUCAGAGCUACACGGGAGGUGGUGGCAGGACACGGGCAGGCAGACGGCGAAUCUGUUUCCAGAUGCAGUUCGCACCGACCGCUCUGGACCAGCAUCUGAAAGAGCAAGAGCGGGUCUCGCCAGAGCAGCAGAAGGCGCUGAUAGAGUGCGGUUGGCACAAUUGCAGCCUCUUUUAUUCAAUCGCCUUCGGUCAACUCAGCUAACGUACCUUGUAUGUUUUUUGCGGUGCAGCGUUUUUGGUGGCGUUACAGGGCCAUCCUGGAUCUGUCCCACCAGCCACGGACAAAGUGGGGAAUGUUGCCUCGCGCUUGGGGGAGCAAGAUGAAGAAGAGGCGGAUACUGAGAA